AUGGUAUACAGUAACCCUAAAAUGGAUCUCAACAAUAGUCUCGCACUUGUUUCUUGUAAUGGUGACACAACUUUAAGCUUGGAUUGCUUUGGUUAUGGCGGAAACACAAACACGGCGUCUGGAUAUGAAAUCAGCCGUGAAAAACAAACCAGUCCGCCGCCGGCGGACGAUGGCUGCAGAUUAGUUCUCGGAUUAGGGCCCACACCUAGUAUAUAUUCUAAUGAUUAUUUCUCCACCGGAACCAUAACCAAAAAACCAACAAAUGGAUCGAAAUCGAACAGGGGAAUGGAAUGCGAAGGCGAUUCCGUUCUCAAAUUAGGGUUUUCCGAUCAUACUGUAACUGAUCUGAAUCCAUCUUUUUAUUCUCAUAAAACUUGUUUUGACGAUGAGGGCUCUACAUCGGCAAAAAAAUCCGGCGGCUAUAUGCCGUCGCUUCUUCUAGCUCCGAGAAUGAAAACCAACGUUUUUGAGGCGGGAGAAAACUCUUUCCAUGGUCCUCAGGUAAGCUCAGAACCCUCUGCAAUCUCCGACUACUCCAUGGGAACAAUCUCCGACCACCAAACCAGCAACUCCAAAAAAUGUAAGUUUUCAGGUUGCACAAAAGGUGCAAGAGGCGCAACCGGCCUCUGUAUCGGCCAUGGCGGAGGUCAGAGAUGUCAGAAACCGGGGUGUAGCAAAGGAGCUGAGAGCAGAACCGCGUACUGUAAAGCUCACGGCGGCGGAAGGCGGUGUCAGCAUUUAGGCUGUACAAAAAGUGCAGAAGGUAGGACGGAGUAUUGCAUUGCCCACGGCGGUGGGAGACGGUGUGGCCACCCAUCGGGGUGUAGUAAAGCCGCUAGGGGAAAAUCAGGGCUUUGUAUUAAGCACGGCGGAGGAAAGCGGUGUAAGGUUGACGGAUGUACUCGUAGUGCUGAAGGACAGGUUGGUUUGUGCAUCUCUCACGGCGGCGGCCGGCGGUGCCAGUUCCAAGGUUGUAACAAGGGAGCUCAAGGGAGCACAAUGUAUUGUAAAGCUCACGGUGGUGGUAAACGCUGUGUAUUCGCCGGUUGUACGAAAGGAGCGGAAGGCAGUACACCACUUUGUAAAGCACACGGCGGCGGAAAGCGGUGUUUGUACGACGGCGGUGGGAUUUGCCCUAAGAGCGUUCACGGAGGAACGAACUUUUGUGUCGCUCACGGUGGCGGCAAGAGGUGUUCAAUCGCCGGAUGUACGAAAAGCGCACGUGGCCGGACUGAUUGCUGUGUGAAGCACGGAGGAGGGAAGCGGUGUCGAUCUGAAAACUGUACAAAAAGCGCACAAGGAAGCACCGACUUCUGUAAAGCACACGGCGGCGGAAAGCGGUGUAACUGGGGCGGAGAAGGAACGUGUGAGAAGUUUGCGAGGGGGAAAAGCGGGCUUUGCGCCGCCCAUACGAGUAUGGUUCAAGAAAGAGAAAACAAGAAGAGUAACUUUGGAAUCGGAAUCGGACCAGGGCUCUUCCAUGGACUAGUUCCGGCGCCGCCGGCGUCGGCGUCAACCGUCGUGAGCAGCUUUGAAAACACGUAUUCUUCCUCCGGCGUUAGUAUCGUCUCUGACUCCAACGACUCCCUAGAAAAUCCCGCCAAACGACAACACCUGAUUCCGCCUCAGGUACUGGUUCCUUCGUCGAUGAAAUCCCCAUUUUCAUCAUCGUUUCAAUUGAGUUCAGACGGAAGACAAGGUGGAGAAAGUGGGAGGAGAUCGGAGUUGGCGGUGCCGGAGGGCCGGGUACACGGCGGUGGACUGCUGUCGCUGCUGGGGGGGAAUCUGAAGAACGCAAGUGUUGAUGGUGUGUAA